AUGGAUAGGUUAGACCGGUUAGACCGGCCCAACGGCCCUUCGCAACACCCCAACAGUCGCGGCCUGCCCGACAAUCCGGCACAGGGCGUUCGACGUCAACUCCAGAUUCAGGCUGCCACCUCCCUCGCCAACGUCAAUGCAGGACCGCCUCCCCCGAUCCCGCCGCUCCCCAGCCUUCGAAGCGCCUCUUCCAAUGCCACCUUGUCCGCCCACCAGCCUUUGUCCUCGUCCCAGGUCAUUGCCCUGGCCCGAGAUGCCAUGAAGUGUGCGCUCGAGGAGAACGAAACCCAGGCCGCCGAAGCCAGUGCCGUCAGUACAGAUUUGAAGCCAGGCGUCACCAUCGACCUGAGUAGGAAAGGGAUCCAGAGACUCCCAGAGGAGGUGGUCGAUAUCAUCCAGAACGAAUUGGAACGCCUUGCUUUGUCACAUAACCAAAUCUCCUCCUUUCCGAUGCGAUUUGCCGAGUGUACUUCUCUUCGAUAUCUCAACGUUAGAAACAAUCAGUUCCGGGAGUUCCCUCUCGCCCUGUGCGAUUUGAAAUCCCUCGAGAUCCUCGACCUAAGCAAGAAUAAGCUACGCGUUCUCCCCCCCGAUAUCGUGAGGCUGGCGUCCUUGAAAGUUUUCUCGGUCCAAAAGAACAGGAUUGAAGAGCUGCCACUCGCCCUCGCCGAUAUGGUAUCCUUGCAAGUCCUCAAAUUUGACGGGAACCCUCUCGUCUUUCCACCCCGCGAGGUGCUGCAGGUCCAGGCUGGCAGCCCGCCCAAUGAUGAGAUCAUGCCGAAGGAGAGCGAGACCGAAGUUGCCGUGACGGCUCAGAUCAAACGGUUCCUGAGACAGAAGGUCAUGGCGGGUAGAGCGGAAUCGGAGAGCGCCGACGAAAUGAGCGAGACCAUGGAGACGCCUCGCAUGGCCCCCGUCAAGCGCAUGACGAGCGGCCGCUUUCCCAUCAAGGUCAACGGCGCCGAAGUCCCCGACAUUCGCUCCCCGGCUACCGGCCGAGCCCCGUCCAUCCCUUCUCGAUCGCACUACCGAGGCCUCUCUCAACAGAGCUCGACCGGUCGGCGCCCCGGCGUGAUGCCUCUGACCAUCGGCAACGUGAAUGAACGCGUCAGAAGCAACUCGGAGACGCUUCUCCAGGCAACGCGCGGCGAACGUUCCGAAUCCCGAGCUCGCCGGAUGGGCGCCGUUUCCCAAAAGACGCCGCAACUCGGGACCCUUGACGAGACGCAGGCGAACGUCCGUUUCAGCCACUAUCGCGGACUUAGCCAUGGCUCCGCCAUGACUGGUUCUCCCAUACACAUGGCGAACAUGGCCUUCAAGAGCCCCGUCAGCCCCGCCGACCCCUAUUCGCAGCGUCCGGUCUACGUACGCCGCUUGUCGAUCCUACCCGAGAGGCGGCGCGAAUCCAAGGCGUUCAACCCCGUCCUCGAGGCGGCCAAGGGAAUUCUCUAUGCGGUUUUCCAGAUCCACCCCAUGAUCCAGAUGCUGAUGGGCCUCACCGGCGACGGCUCGGCCAAGCGAUCGAGCCUGGAAAUGAUCUUCUACAACACCAACUCCCACGUGGAGGAGCUGGAGCAAGAGAUACAGAGGCACGAUCCGUCCGUUGCCGGCGACCACGUCUCCGGGCACGACCCCAGUCACAACACGGAGAACGUGAGGCGCGCGUGUCAGACGCUCGUCAGCGCCUACAUUCAUAUCUGCACGCUCCUUACGAACAACGUCGACUCGUUCAUCGAUAACGGCGAGCCGCGGUACAUCCGCACUCUCCUGGUGCUCAUCUUCAACAGCAUCAUGGAGAUUAGAGCUACCCUUUUGGCGAUGCCCCCGGAGGAGGACCAGUCUCGGCCUCAGCCUCAGCCUCAGCCUCAGUCUCAGUCUCACUCGUCAGGGCCCAGCCAGGCCGGUAUCAACGAUACCAUCAGACCUUAUCCCCGCAGCCAUUCCAACUCGGUCACCCUAACGGCCGAGGCUGACAUGAAUGGGCCAACUCCGCGCGUGCGAGGCCCUGGAUAUCUGCACAACCAUAACCCGGGGAACCUGAGAGUCGCGACCGACGUAACCAUCCCGUACAUCAACACCAAUGGCGGCGAGAGUCGGACGGCUACCAUCACGUCGGCCACCCCUCGCUCGGGCGAGUCUUUCGUGUCCAGUGCGUCGGCCGGCCGAGGCGGCAUGCUUUCCGAUUUCACCGAGGACGACCGGUCCUUCGAGAAGAUAUUCUUGGUCCUCCAGCGGUCCUCGGACCUGGUGAUGCGGGUGCUGCCCUUGUUCCAGAGCCAGCUGGCCAACGGGGCCCGAACGGCGGCGGGGCAGCGCGCGCCGGAAGACGAAAUCCAUUGCUGGAAGGGCCUGAUUGCCAAGUGCGGGAGGACGGUGCACCAGGCGGAGCUCCUGAAGAACCGCAUGUCGGUCAUCAAGCUGAAGGAGCCGGGGAUCAUGAGCCAGUCGUCCUUCCGGGGCCGCAUCCGGAACUUUGUCAACGCGUGGGCCGAGUUCGCGACGCAGAUCAAGGGGGCCAGCUCGGAGGUGUUACUGCCGCUGGACACCAGGGCCAGGCUCCGGCCCAUCCACCAGCUCAUGAAGGAGACGCGGGACACGAUCCUGCAGUCGCCUUGGGACUCGAUCCUGUCGUCGAACCCGGGCGGCGGCGGCUGGCAUUCGUCGAGCUCGAGCACCAACACGUUCAGCCCGAACGGCGGGCAGCAGCCGCAUCAUGGAAUGUCGAUGCAGAUGCAGAUGCAGAUGCCAAUGCAGAUGCCCAUGACGCCGCAGAGCGCGGCGCUGGGCCCGGCGGUGCAGGCCACGGUGCCGUCGACCCCGCAGAGCGCGUCCUUUGCGGCGGCGUUUUCGGGUAAUGUUUUCGAGCGGGCGGACGCGUUGAUCUCCAUGGGCGGCCUCUCCAUGUCGCAGACCAAUACCAUGGCCACUACCGGCGGCGGCGGCGCGCCGAGCUUUUCGUCGACGUCGAGCUUUUCGUCGGACGGGAUGAUGACGCCGUCGUCGUCGUCGGUGGCGAGUCCGAGCGGCGGGGUCGGGGUCGGGUCGGGCCACCACUCCCACUCUCGCCUUCAUGGCAGCAAGGCGGCCUUUUAG